AAUACGACGAAGACUGGCUUGACUUGGGUGAAUCUUAAGUUUUGCCAUGAAACUGGGAAUUGUUGGCAUUGUCGACGUUAAAAAAUAGAUCACGCAUAAGUAGUAAAAAAUGGCUGACGCUGCCGGCAAAUCGCAUCAAAGAAACUUAAAGCAGAUGUGUUUCCGAGCUGUCAGGAAUCAUUUUGACGCUCUGGGAAUUGAAGGUGUUCUUGGUCUUCCAACGCCUCUCAUUACGGAGCUACUUCCUCAUCUGACGAUUUGUCAGCUGGAUGAAAUCCAGCCCUCUCUAAAUCAGAAAGGGAUAUCAUCUUUUCCGGGAUGGAUUAGGGUCCUACUAGAUAUGUGUGGACCCAGACGGGUUAUAGACCUACACACUGAAGAGGAGGCCAAACAUGAAGUCAUGAAAUUGCUUUUUACAGCUAUUUUCUAUGGCUACACAAACCCCUAUGUCAUAAGAAACUACUCAAAUUUAAACACUCCGUCUUUCCUGUGGGCUGCAGCUAAAUGUGUCACACGUUUUUUACUUGAUGCUCACAGUCAUAUGAAACUCUAUCAGUUAACUGCAGAGCAGCGGCCUCUUUUGAACCUGUUUGAGACGCGUAUGAAGACUGUCACUGUAUCAUCCUCCAUGGAUCUAUCAAAGAGUACCAGUCAGACUGCUCUGUAUAUCUUUCACCGCCUGGUUGACCACGGAGUGGCUAACAAACUUGUUGUGCACAAUGAUUGUGCAAUUGUGCUGGGCUGGCUCCUACAUGGGAGGGGAACUCAAUAUGUACACCCUGAACUGGUGAACUUGAUGCACACCAAAAAGGCAAGCUGUGUUUCACAAGAUACUUUGGUCAGAGCAGCUCAGGCCAGCUGCAGUUCUGGUAUUGUUGCCAGGGCUACAGAAGACAAGAAUGAUCGGGCCACACCAUGCAAACGUCCCAAGAUCUGCAUCUUGCCAUCUCAGGAGGAAUCUGGAACAGAAAACUUGGUUUGUGAUCCACAGAUUCUCUGUCACACCUAUGCUCCUCAUGAUGCUCCCUCAGCAGAGAUUUGUCCACGGGGGCAAAUUGAUUGUCUGGAGAUCAGUAACUGUAGGUCUGAGUCCUUUAAAGUGCUGAACUCUGCCCUGCCCACAUUUUACAGCCUUCGCUCUCUAAUUCUGCAGAGCUAUUCAACCUUCAGCAACUUGGAUGUGUUUGCUCUGGCAAGAGCACUGAAGCAGCUGUCCCAGAGUUCCCAGAGCUCCCUUACUGAUCUGAGCAUCAGUACCCUACCCUAUGCCAAACUCAUGCAGGUCCUGCUAAGUUCAAGCUCCAAAGUGAAAUCGCUGCAUGUGGAGAUCCAUACCCUGGACCACUAUUCCUUGUUUACAGGCUCAACCUUUAUUGACACAGAAGAGCUUCCUUUGGAGAAACUAACAAUCAAACUCACCGAGCUCCAAACAGAUGUGCAGAUUUUCACAACUGUGCUGAGAUGCUCUCCCAACCUCACCACACUUCAUGUUGCCGGAAUGAGAUUACCAACUGGCUCCUCACAAAGCCAACUUCUGACCACUCUCUCAGAGUCCAGCUCCUGCUUGAAGAGUCUAUAUUUGGAGGACAUAAACCUAUCUGAUUGUCUCCCUGAGAUCUUACAACUUCUAAAAAACUGUAGGUUAGAAGAGCUGGGAUUAAAUGACUGUCGCCUUCUUGAGAAGUGGAGUGAUAAGGACGAGGGUUUGAGACAGUUGGUGACCGCUGUGAAGAAAGUGCCUUCGCUUCAGACACUCAGCCUGGCACAGAAUAGAAUAGCCAAGAAUGUGUCUGUCCUGGCAGAGCUGUUUUCAGGAUCCUCACCAAGCUCAGUGAAACGACUUAACAUCAGUUCUAACUUUAUACAGCCUGCUGAGCUGCUGGAGUUUGCUGAGGUGUUGAAGAAGCACUGUCCCCUGCACAGAUUAACUCUUGACCUCAGGAGAAACCCAGGGGAUCGGGACCCCAUCACAUGGGACUUUGCACUGAAGAGACUCCGUCCAUGCUGUGUUCCACUUGUUGAAGGAUGGAUAUCCACCAACACAAUGGCUGACCACAUCAGUAAUAUGUGAACAGAGCUGGUUGAAAAUCGAAGUGUCGUAUCAGUCAUUUCUGACUGACCCAAAAGGUUGGGGGUUUCUCUUUGAUAGAGAGGGGUAACAGUAGUCUGUUUGACUUCAGUUUUUUUUCCUACAAAUGUUUCAGGUAUGCCUUGGUAAAGGAAAUCCUCAAACAUUCUUAAAACAAGAUCAGCAGUAUGAGCCACAUGUGUGGUGUCCUUCUGAUACAAUUUUGUUCUAAAUAUAUUUUCAGUACUCCUAAUGUGCAACAUCUGUGCUUUCUGAAGCUCGGUGUAUGAGGCCUGUGAGUGCAGGUACAGUACUAUACAGACUGACUGCAGAGAAAUGAGUGAAGCUCUAGGUCUUAUAAAUUUUUUACAUUUGUUGAAGGGCAAAGAUCCCACACUGUAAAUAACAUUGAAUUGUAUUUAUAUUUUGCAUAAUUCAUUUGUUGUCUGAUUGUGACAUCAAAUGUACUGUUUAAUUUGUUUCCUUGUAUUAAAGUGCAGUUUGCACAGCUGGUAAGUAAAACAGCAUCCCAUGUUAGUUUGACAUUUGAAUCUUUUA